CCGCAGGUUGGAGUGCUUUGAGCCCAGCUUGGAACCAUGCCUCGCAAGAUUGAGGAGAUCAAAGAUUUUCUGCUGACAGCCAGAAGGAAGGAUGCAAAGUCGGUCAAGAUCAAGAAGAACAAGGACAAUGUGAAGUUCAAGGUGCGCUGCAGCCGGUACCUGUACACUCUGGUGAUCACAGACAAGGAGAAGGCGGAGAAGCUGAAGCAGUCUCUGCCUCCAGGUCUGGCCGUGAAGGAGCUGAAAUAAGUCUGUUCCACCACCUUUGUUACAACAAAUAAAACCUAAACUGUU